AGUGAGAAACUGAAGAGGAUGGAAGAGAACUAUCCUUCAAUGACACAAGAACGGUUACAACUCACUGAUCUGAAGGCUCAACUGGAAAAAGAGAUUUCUGAUCAGAGACAGCAGAAGGAGGAAACACGUCAGCUUAUUGUUCGACGUGAGGAGGAAAAGAGACAACUGGAAUUGCUUCAAGAACAAACACAUGUUCUCUCAGCAGAAAGAAACGCUCUGACAGAAGAACUGCAACACCGAGAAGCGCUGGAGUCUGUAUGUAAGGAGAUACAAGCAGAAACCAACAACUUGGUGAUACAAUUUUUCAACCUUAAACUGGAUGUUGUGGAGCUGAAAGGCAGGAUUUCAGAGUUUGAAGAUGUGGAAGAAAAACUCAAUGUUGCAAAGGAGGAAAAUUUGAAGGCACAGAAUCAAGUAGACCUUUUCUGCAAUGAAAUUAAAGACCUGCAGGUUCAGAUGCAGGCUCCACAACAGGCAGUUGCUGCUCUAGAGUCAGAAAUGAAAGAUCUCCAGAAGAAAAAUAUGGAACUUAAAGAGGUUCAAGCUGAAUAUCAGAGAAUCUCUGAAGAAAAGUCCAGACUGGAAGACAAGAAGAAGCAGCUUCGGGGGGAGGUUUCUCAUCUGAAACAGCAGCAAGAGGAAGUUUGUGAACUGGCUGGUCAAUAUAACAACGUAUUGGAUAAACUAGGACCCCUUCGAGAGGAAACUAAGGACCUCAAAGAUGAAAAAGAAAUGCUGACUGAUCUUCUGAAACAGCGGCAACUUCUGGAGACUGACUAUGAGGAGAUAAAAGCAGAAACUGACCAUGUUGCAGAAGAAAACUUUAACCUUCGUGUUGAAGUUGAUAAUCUGCAGAAGAAGCUUUCAAAUUUUAAAGAUGUGGAGGACAGAGUUUUAAAAGCAAAGGAGAAAAAUUUGAAAGCAAAGAAAGAACAGGACCUUCUCCAGAAGCUAAUCCAAGACCUGCAGGUUCAGAUACAAGCUCCACAACAGGCAGUUGCUGCUCUAGAGACAGAAAUGAAAGAUCUCCAGAAGAAAAAUAUGGAACUUAAAGAGGUUCAAGCUGAAUAUCAGAGAAUCUCUGAAGAAAAGUCCAGACUGGAAGACAAGAAGAAGCAGCUUCAGGAGGAGGUUUCUCAUCUGAAACAGCAGCAAGAGGAAGUUUGUGAACUGGCUGGUCAAUUUAACAACGUACUGGAUAAACUAGGACCCCUUCGAGAGGAAACUAAGGACCUCAAAGAAGAAAAAGAAAUGCUGACUGAUCUUCUGAAACAGCGGCAACUUCUGGAGACCGACUAUGAGGAGAUACAAGCAGAAACUGACCAUGUUGCAGAAGAAAACUUUAACCUUCACGUUGAAGUGGAUGAUCUGCAGAAGAAGCUUUCAAAUUUUAAAGAUGUGGAGGACAGAGUUUUAAAAGCGAAGGAGAAAAAUUUGAAAGCAAAGAAAGAACAGGAGCUUCUCCAGAAGCAAGUUGAAGACCUGCAGGUUCAGAUACAAGCUCCACAACAGGAAGUCGCUGCUCUAGAGACAGAAAUCAAAGAUCUCCAGGAGAAAAAUAAGGAACUUAAAGAGGUUCAAGCUGAAUAUCAGAGAAUCUCUGAAGAAAAGUCCAGACUGGAAGACAAGAAGAAGCUGCUUCAGGAGGAGGUUUCUCAUCUGAAACAGCAGCAAGAGAAAGUUUGUGAACUGGCUGGUCAAUAUAACAACGUAUUGGAUAAACUAGGACCCCUUCGAGAGGAAACUAAGGACCUCAAAGAAGAAAAAGAAAUGCUGACUGAUCUUCUGAAACAGCGGCAGCUUCUGGAGACUGACUAUGAGGAGAUAAAAGCAGAAACUGACCAUGUGACAAGCCAGACUAAGAGCGGUUCAGAAUCUCCAAAUGAGUCUGAGAGAUCAACGUCCAGUCACAACACACAGACUGCAGUCAGGGCAGUCCUGGUGCUGGGGCUUGCAGAUGAGGGCUUGGGCAGGACCAGCUCCAGGUCAUAG